GGGGGGGGGGUGGGGACGAAGAAGCGAGGAAUCCCCGUCACUCUUUCUGUUGCUGCAGAUUUGGGGAAGGGAUUCGGGGAAAGCGCGAGUCGAGACGACAAGACAUCAGUUGCUAGAUGGUGCGUACCAAGCAGACUGCUCGUAAGUCCACUGGAGGGAAGGCUCCUAGGAAGCAACUCGCCUCAAAGGCAGCCCGUAAGUCGGCACCUACAACUGGAGGAGUCAAGAAGCCUCACCAUUACCGCCCAGCAACUGUUGCUCUUCGUGAGAUCCGCAAGUACCAGAAGAGCACCGAGUUACUGAUUAGGAAGCUGCCAUCCCAGAGGCUUGUCAGGGAGAUUGCUCAGGAUUUCAAGACUGAUCUUCGCUUCCAGAGCCAUGCCGUGCUUGCUCUGCAGGAGGCAGCAGAGGCCUACCUGGUGGGUCUCUUUGAGGACACCAACCUGGGCGCCAUCCACGCCAAGCGCGUGACCAUCAUGCCCAAGGACAUUCAGCUGGCCAGGAGGAUCCGUGGUGAGAGGGCUUAGUUUGCCGAUGGGAAGAACAACUCUGCAUUCGUUGUGUGUUCGUCUCACCGUAGCCUUUGUUUUUUUUUUUUGAAGAAAUCACCGUAGCCUUUGUGAAAAGAUGAUAUCGUAACCUUCUGUCUCAGUUUGACUGAGACUGUAGUAGCAUGUGUUCGUGUUUGUUUAGUCUGGACAGAGUACCGCAUAGCUUUGUCCUGCGCUUUCACGACUGCCAUUUUUGCGCCGAGGACCUCACCAAUGGGGGAAGCCUUGAUGUUUCAGGAGAGCCUGAUAACUGAGUGUGCACUCUUGAGUGCUGUCAGAUUGAUUGUUCGACAGAUUGCACCCUAUCAGGGCGAUCCAGUGG